AAUAUGUUUUGAAUUGGCAAAACAUUCCAAAACAGAUCAUUCAGUAAAUUUUAAGUAAAUUGCGCUUAGCAAUGGAAGAUUCAGAUUUACCUAUGUCAGAAUCAGAAUCAGAAGAAGAGGGUGCUUCUAGCGGUUAUAUGCCCGACAUAUCGAGUAUUGCUGCUGAUAUACGCCGAACAUUGAGACAUUAUGCUUUAGACCUUAACGAAAGCGAUCUACCAGUGGCGGAGUCCACGAGGAUAGACGGAUAUCAUCUAGCGAACGGACCGUCGUUUCCUAGUGAAAUCGAAUACUGUUCGCGCCCGGUGAUAACAAGGGCUCUGCAGGAAAUAAUGAUGCUUCAGCACACAACGGGAUUGUUGAUUCCUAGGAAGCCGUUCAAACAGUUGGUGCGGUUUGUAGCUGAUGCUGUGAAACCAGGGUUACGCUUCACCCGCGAGGCUGACGACAUAAUUCAGGAAGCAGCUGAGAUAUAUCUCAUUGAACUGCUAAAUGCAACGAAUAUGUGCGCUUCGCAUGCGAACCGCAUUACGAUAAGACCAGAUGAUGUAGGCUUGGCUUUGGAUAUUGGUCGGUAUUAAUAAACUAAUGAAAUUAA